GAAGUCGACUUAUCUAUAAAAAACACAUUGUUCCCGGUAGCCGAGCCAUUUAUGUCAUUUCACAUAUAACACCCUCAUUAGCACCGUUCCUUCCAUGAGCACACAAGGGGAGAACCACAAGCCACUGAGUCUCAGACGAUACGCUUCAAGCCCCUCGAAAAAGCGGAUAAAGCUACCAAAACUUGAGAUCGAUCCGGUACAUAUUCAUGAUCUAGAGGACCAGUUCCGACAUUCAAGCCUCGAACAAAACCCCAACCUUUUUCUCGGCUCGCCGUCCAACACACCGACCUCCGCAAACUCGCCUUUGAGAACCCCGCUGGACGAGCAGUUCACCUACGCCGGAAGCAACAUUUACGAUUGCUUUCUACGACGCGACUCCACCCAGUCCAUCAGCCUGGGCAGCCUGUGGUCUUCGGAAUUCGGCCCGCACAGAUCCUUCACCACGCUUUCGUCGCCCGGAAGCAACCUUUAUAGACAUUCCGAGCCCAACCCGAAUGACAAGCCGAGGGUUUCCGAGGAGUCGCUCACGCCAACGUGCGAGCCAGCGCCCAACCAGUACAAGUUUUCGCACGACCAGGUCAAACGACUUAUCCGAGAGAUUCAUGGCGUCAAGUACGUGCACGAGGAUCUGCCCAUUCCGACUUCUAUCAAAGAGGAGGACGAGGCCAUCAACGUUCUGGGCCAGCUGUCUGUCGCCAAGCUCAAGGGCCUCAACCAGAUGAAGAUCAUACAGUGGUACUGUUGCCAGUGUGGCAAGAGCUACGGCGAUUUAGACCAUUUUGUCGUGGAACGCAGCCAGCUGAAAACUGCGGGCCCCAACAUUUCGGACGACGACUACUGGAAUUCCAUGGCCGACCAGCUGCUCGCGAAAACCAUUAAUCGGUUUGAUUGCAACCGCUGCAACCACAUGAUGUGUCCCUACUGCAUAAAAGCUCGCGUCAGCGACUUGCUGAACAAAUCAUGACGCCGCGGGUCUCGCUCCAGCAAUUUUAAUUUUCACCCAGACACCAGCUAUGGGUGUGUACGACACACUGGUUUUUUUAGCAUACCUUUUAUUAUUUAUUUAAUAUUUAUUCCCUAUGGGGGGCUUCGAUGACGACGACUUGCGCGAUUACGAAAACGAGGACUUGGGGUUUGACGAAGACGCGUUGAACGACGACGAAUACGACCAGUUGUACGACGCUCUUCCCAAAAUCAAGGCCUUGGCGAAGAAUUACCAGGUGGACGAAAAGGCGUUGAAAGAAAUUCUAUGGAGCAACUAUUUCAGCGUAGAAGACUCCUUUGAGGAGGUGAAGCAGAACUACAAGCGUGAGUAUGAUGAAACGGCCAAUGUCGAAGCUGGAGCUGCUGGCACAGCAACGCAGAGAACGCACGGGCCUGCGCGGGCUCAGAAACGAGGGCAGAGAGGG